AUGAAUAAUACUGCAGCCAGCCCAAUGUCUACUGCCACUUCAAGUAGUGGAAGAAGUACAGGAAAGUCUGCAAGCUUUGCCUCAGAAUUGCAGAGUAUGAUGUUUUCUUUAGGUGAUUCUAGGAAGCCUCUUCAUGAAACAGCAGUUUUGGUAGAAGAUGUGGUACACACUCAGUUAAUUAAUCUGAUACACCAAGCUGCUGAAGUUUCUCAGCUCCGGGGAGCAAGGGUAAUAUCUCCUGAAGAUCUUCUGUUUUUGAUGCGCAAAGAUAAGAAAAAACUUAGAAGACUGUUAAAAUACAUGUUUUUCCGAGACUACAAAUCAAAGAUUGUCAAAGGCAUAGACGAGGAUGAUCUUCUUGAAGACAAAUUGAGUGGCAGUAAUAAUGCAAACAAAAGACAGAAAACUGCACAGGACUUUCUCAACUCUAUUGACCAAACGGGAGAACUCUUGGCGAUGUUUGAAGAUGAUGAAAUUGAUGAAGUUAAACAAGAAAGAAUGGAGAGAGCAGAAAGACAAACUCGAAUUAUGGAUUCAGCCCAAUAUGCAGAAUUCUGUGAAAGUCGACAAUUGAGUUUCUCCAAAAAAGCCUCCAAAUUUCGAGACUGGUUGGACUGUAGCAGUAUGGAGAUAAAACCCAAUGUUAUCGCUAUGGAAAUUUUGGCAUAUUUAGCAUAUGAAACUGUGGCACAGUUAGUGGAUCUGGCUCUACUUGUGAGGCAGGACAUGGGAACCAAGGCAGGAGACCCGUUCGGCCACGCCAUUUCGGCCGCCUUCAUUCAGUAUCACAGCUCUGCCGAGGGAUCUUGCAUGAAGUCCUACCCAGACUCCCCUGAGAAUACACCUCCUCCUACACCAACAGCUCCAUCCUCUGGACCACAGCAUGCAGGGAAAGCCACAGCAGGAUCCCUCGGGAAUGGGAGUGCUGGACAAGACUCAGCAAAAACCAAGCAAAGGAAAAGAAAAAAGAGCACUGCGGCCUGUGGUGUUGAGGCUCACAGCGAUGCCAUCCAGCCCUGCCACAUCAGAGAGGCCAUUCGGCGCUACGGCCACAAGAUUGGCCCCCUUUCCCCAUUCACAAGUGCCUACCGCAGGAACGGGAUGGCUUUCCUGGCCUGCUGACGUGGCUGGGCCUGGACCGCAGGAAAGGCGAUGCUCUGUGAAGGUGAUGUCUGUUCCCCCGUGUGGACAAAGUAAAGCACACGUUGACCUUCUCUGCACCCUCAGGAGUGGGCUGGUUUGUUGUGACUGUUGAGGGGCUGACUCCAGCCCUUCCCCAGCCCCCUCAACGCCUAGUCUUGUUUACUGGAUGGGCCGUUGGCUAAUUAAUGGCAGGAUGUUUGGGAGAGUGUGUAGGUGGACAAGAAUGCGGAUCACACAAUUUUGAAAUUUUAAUUUGGAAUGGAUUUACUGCCCUCAGCUCACAUAUCUUAAAAGCAGUGUCUUUUUUUUUUUCAGUGUUUAGUCUAUGUUUUACUUGAUGCAUUUAGUAAUCCAAGUUUGGGACAAAGGAAACAAAAUUAAAAGGACAGUCAGCUUUCCCCUUGCACUUUACUUUCCAACUUUGUUGACUACAUCCACGGGGACUUUAGAGACAAAUGUCUAUUUUAUAAACUCACAGGAAUCAAAGAUCGAGGGGACCUGAUGAACUCUGUUCCCGUCCUCGCCUCCCUGCUCCCACUUACAGUGUAUGUCAUGUUCGUGCCUUCCUCCCAGCUCUCUGCAUAUCUGCCUGGCGUGUGUUUUUCCGCAUCCAGACCCUCUCCCCUCCGUCAGCUCUCUCCUUCCCUGUCCCCGUCGUCCCAGGCCUCCCAGGCCGCCGCUCUCACACGCACCCUCCCCUUCAGGAGCAGAGUGGUCAGAGUCUUCGCAGGGGAGCGAGGAGGUGCUCUCCCAGCACCGCCACCCUGAGGCUGUGCAUGUGGACAGGAAGUUCCGGUAGCAGCUGAGCUACCCUCUGGCAUCUAUACUUUCUCCAGUAAGCGAGGAACUGGCACCCUCGGGAACAAAUCAAAAUAGAGCAGACGUAAUUGUCUGGUUCCUGAUUAGACUUGAAUUGCAAAAGAACACAGGAAGUUAUUCCUUUAAAUUCGUAGGAGUUGGUGUAAUUUUACUUUUAUCAUGGCUUUUACUCACACUGAGACAGCCUUUGUAAAGAAUUAAUAGAAACAGAAAUGAGAAACAUGAAAGGUUUCAUCUGGUGACCAAAAUCAUUGUGCAGCCCAGUUAGUAUGAUUGGGCCACGUUAUUCCCGUUUGUCAACUAUCACUUACCUGCUCUAUGUUAGUCCUUCUGGAAAAAAUCUUUAUGUCAAGGACAGAAAGUGCAGAUAUAUAAUAUCAGAAAUUUCCAAAGGGUUUUGAUGUUCCAUCUGUGUUGUUAAAAUGUAUGAUUAAACUUUUCUUUUUAUCAUCA